AUGAGCUCUGACGACUACUUCGAUGGAGCUGACGACUUCGAUGCAUCUGCCCUCCAACAAAUUGACGCCAUAGAAGCGGCGCACUACUCACCUGCCAAACGAGCAGUGCAGCCCGAGACACCUCCUGCAUCUCCGCCUCCCAAGAGGCCCGCGGCUCUCAACAAGGAGCCAUCACUUUAUGAUAUUUUGUUCGACGUCGACGAAUCUGAGCUCGCGAAGCUCGACACUUUCAUCGAAGACGCGUACAAGGGCAAAGUACAACCUGUUGCUGGACCAAGCAAGUUUAGCAGGGCCUCCUCCAGCAACACUCUGCAGACCACACUAUUCGGCGAAGUCAUCCAACCAACUGCAUCAUCCUCCAAACCAAGAUCGCAGAUACAGAGGUCUAAAUCGUCUACAAGAAACCCGUUUGGACAACAGGCGCGUAAGACCAAGGUAUGGGACCAAACUGCGUUUUCGAAAACUGGAAAGCAAGGAAAGGCAAAGGGAAAAGGGAAAGCGAACGGAGAUAGAGAUGAAUCUGGGGAAGAAACGGUCGAGUUUGCGCAAUUUCCAGCACCAUCCAUCGCUGGUUGUGAUAUGUUCUUUGACUUAACAAAAUACUUAAUAUCCGGGGCGUUCUUGACACCACCUCCUAUGAAGUUAACACCUGAUCUCCUCGAAGCGAAACAUUGGAUAUACCCUAUCAAUCACCCCAAGAGAGACUACCAAUUUAACAUUGUUAAGAACUCCCUGUUUGAAAAUACAUUGGUUGCAUUGCCAACUGGUCUGGGAAAGACAUUUAUUGCUGGAGUGGUUAUGCUCAACUAUUAUCGAUGGUUCCCCGAAGGGAAAGUCGUCUUCGUUGCCCCAACAAAGCCACUGGUCGCCCAACAGGUUACUGCGUGCCAUGAAACGUGUGGUAUUCCUGGUAGAGACAGCGCUGAAUUGACUGGAGAAGUUCCCAGAGCGACCCGGAUGAGAUAUUGGGAAGAAAAACGUGUAUUCUUCAUGACGCCGCAAACCCUGUACAACGACCUACUCAAAGAGACGUGCGACAUUCGUGACAUCGUUCUUCUCGUUGUUGACGAAGCCCAUCGCGCUACAGGAGACUAUUCUUAUAAUCUCAUUGUUCGCUUGUUGAUGGCCAAGAAUCCACAUUUUCGCGUCCUCGCGCUAACUGCGACACCCGGAAACAACGUCGACUCGGUUCAGCUCUUGAUCGACGGCCUACAUAUCAGCAGAAUCGAAAUUCGAAAUGAAGAAAGUCUUGAUCUGAAGCCUUACAUCCACAAGAAGGUCUUCCAGCCUCAUCUUAUUGCGGCUAAUGAGAAUGUAGCAAAGAUCAGGACCCUGAUUGCAAACGUCAUGACACCCCUCAUGAAACCUAUGCAGGCCGUUGGACUCUUGAGAACGAACGAGUCUCCUCUUUCAAUGCACCCAUUUAGACCUCAGGCCCUCUCCAUGGAAUUAAGGGAUCCAUCUCACAAGAGAUUUUACGGCUCUUUGUCCAUGCUGUCGAAACUCGCCCGCGCUAUGCUCUAUCUUCUUACGGGUUCUAUCGGGUCUUGCUACACGUUCCUGUAUGACGUAUCUCAAGAGCCAGCUGACGAAGACGAUGGGAAGAAGUCCAAAGGCAAAAAACUUAAGGAUGAUCCCAACUUUCGUAUUCUUAUGACUGAGCUUGAGAGUCAGCGUGCUCGUGGAUUCGACAUCCAUCCCAAGGUCGAGAAGCUGAAGACGAUUCUUAUCCAACAUUUUGGCUCUCGGCUGGCAGAGAAAGAUGGCGAAGGCAAGGACAACAUCGAUGAAUCACGAAUCAUGGUGUUUUCGUCAUACAGAGCCGUGGUCGAUGAGAUCGUCGAGGAGUUGGAUAAGGAACGACCCUUAAUACGAGCAACUCGUUUCAUUGGCCAAGGAGCCGAUAAACAAGGCAAGAAAGGCCUUGCUCAGAAGCAACAGCUCGAAGUUAUCAAGAAGUUCAUGGCUGGUGAAUAUAACGUCCUCGUCGCGACAUCCAUUGGCGAGGAAGGUCUAGACAUAGGCGAAAUCGACGUCACUGUCUGCUACGACGCUGACAAGGCGCCGACUCGCAUGGUGAUUGUUAUGAUUAAUCACGAUGGCCAUUCACUAACUAUCGCGCAGAUUCAAAGAUUCGGACGGACUGGUCGUAAACGUACUGGAACAAUCCAUGCACUGCUCGCAGAAGACCGAGAAGAAAUGAACAUCGAGAAAGCUGAGGCAACAUACAAGGAAGUCCAGAAGCUCAUUUCCAAAGGCGAGAUGUACGAGCUCUACAGCGACGUCGAGCGUCUGAUCCCGGACCACAUGAAGCCCGAAUGUAUCGAGAAGAUGGUCGAGAUCGAGAAGUACGUACGUGAAGAGGGACGGAAGAGGGCUUCUCCGAAGAAGAAAGGUGCCACGCAAGGAGUCAAGAGGAAACGAAACGACGAUAUUGGGCGAAAUAUUCCGGAAGGUGCCAGCUCUGGCUUCGUCUCAGUUCGUGACUUGGUCAUUAAAGGAGCAAAGAAACCCAAGAAAGCCACCUUGAGCAAGAAUUUCGACGCUGAUGGCCAAGACGAUGAAACAGACGAAGACAUCAUGUCUGGUCGCAUCCUUGCUUCUCGACGAACGCAAUCUGCCGCUGCUAGUACGUCGAACGAGAAGCCAGCGAAGAAGGCGACCUUGCGGAGAUCCGCCACCACCGCUGGUAGCAGGUCCAAGGCACGAAGGAAGAGACUGGAGGAGCAGAGCUUAAGUCAGUUUUCAAGACAAGGCCAGGACGACUCAGACGAUAUGGAUAUCGAAUACGGCGCCGUUGCUGUUACUCAGACCAGACUUUUCACGCCAAAGAAACAAGCGGAUCCAGCAUCCGAAUCUUCUGACGAAAUGGACGUGGACGAAGAAACGCACCCGAAAAAUGCUUCACCUCAGGUUACUCCGUCACCCUCUAGACCUAGACCUUCUAUGGUAAAGAGAAAGGUUGAUUCGUCUGUCAUCGAAUUGUCUGAUUCUUCUGAUCAUGAUCGCCCAGCUCUCGAGCCACGACGUAGCAGGUCAACCUCUUCAUUAAUGCACUCGUCUUCGCAUGAACGACCGAAGCAAACCGAGGACAUAGGCUGGUUGGUCGAUGACGAUGAUGAUACUCUGAACUUCGAGAUCGUAGACUCCUCACCCAUCGCACCGAAAAAGACGCCGUCCUUCCAAAGAGUGCAAAUUGGCGAUGAGUCUAUUGAGGUCUCUCAGCCAACUUCAAGCAAAUGCACGCUAGUUGACGACUCUAUCGAGCUUGUUGAACCUAAUUCCAGCCCUCAGCCUCUCCGUAAACGGAGGCUAAAGCAAAUUUGGAGUGAUUCUUCAUCUCCUCAAGUUCUUUCACCCGUCGGUGCCCCUCUGCGAAAUCUGAAUAAAGGGAAAUCUCGAAGCCCUACACCCCCCAAGAAGCAGCCUUCUCCCACGUUGGUUGAGUCAAGCAGUCCCCUACACGCCCAACCGAAGAAAACCAAUGCCACCAUGCUGCCUCCGCCUCUCCCUGAUAGACUCCUUGGUUUGAAUGCCGAUAACAGCUACGACCUCCCAGAACCAUCUUAUCCCGUCAGACCUGCCGGGAACCAGGCUAAGAGGCGGCGAAUAUUCGAGGAACCCGAAUCUCCCACUCUAGAAAUGCCACCCCCCUCUCAACGAUGCCUCUAUAGGAUGGAAUCAACGCCUGUGCGUCCUAAGACGAGGCACAAGACGAAGCGCGCCAAACCUUCACUACUAGCGAAGAACGUAGACCCAGUAUUCGACGGCGAAGCUGCUCACUCGGGCGAUGAAACUAGUGAAGGGCACUCCAGCGAGGACGAAGAGAACGACGAAGAUCGCGCGUUCAUCAAAAACUCGCCAGUGACGCAGGUCUCGCCAUCCUACGAGCAGACACAAAUUUACCGCCGCAGUCUGAUGACACAGCCUGAGAAUGGUCCGGCAUUUGUUGGUCGCCUAGUUCGUCCCAAACCUUUUGGGAGAAUCGAUGGACCGAGAAGGCCGCAUAAAUCGCUGCCUUCUAGCUCUCCUCCUCCAGAUGAGGAGCUUGAUAAUUAUGAGUUCGGGAGCUUCAUUGUCCAUGACGACGCAGAUAUUUCUUAUGAAAAUUGA